AUGGGUAGCGAUGAUGAUGAAUGCACAGAGAGAGGUGUGGAAGAGGAGAAUGAAAACAUAAGUGCUGUGGGAAGGGUUAUUACCGAACCAAAGGACCAGAGGAGAUGUGAAGGGGCUGUUGGGGACCUGUGUGCUGCUGGAGCACCAGACCUCACAGCCAACUCUCCAAUGGUCACCUCCAGUGUGGCUCAAAAUCCUCAAUAUUUCCCCCCUGAAUUACACUCAAAAGAAACGACUGGUGCUGAAGAAUCAAGACCAUUUUCUCUAGACCAUAACGACACAGAAGAGGAAAACAAUGAACCUGCUUCAGGGGAGUCUUCUCGGCUGUCUAGCUGUGCUCAACCACCACCUAGUGACGUAUCACCAUCCUCUGAGACUCUUUCAAAAGCAUUGUCCACUGCACGGCGUAUUGCCCACAAGUGCUCCCAGUGUGGAAGGUGUUUUAUCUAUCCAUCUCAACUGGCUCAGCAUCAGCGAAUUCGCACUGGAGAUCGACCCUAUAAAUGCACCCAGUGCGGAAAGACUUUCAGUAAUUCAACUGGGCUUUCAAAACACCACCAACAACACUGUCUAGACGUGACCUUCGAUUGCCCCAAGUGUGGAGAGAGUUUCAGAUCUAUCCGCGAGCGGUUCAAACACCCAUCUACUCACAAGUCCCUCAUAUGUCUGUUGUGUGGAAAGAGUUGCCAGACGACUUAUGAUUUGCGAAAGCACCAGCAAACACAUAGUGUGACGCCUUCGUUCAACUGCUCUCUCUGUGAAAAACAUUUCAAGAUCCUGUCGAGCCUAACCAGGCACAACAGGACCCAUUCAGUGGAGGGGGGGUAUGCUUGUUCCAAGUGUGGGAAAACAUUUGGAUCUUUAAGUGAACGGCUCCAACAUGAGAGGACACACAGGGCACAGCUCAACUGUACGGAGUGCGGACGGAGUUGCAGUUCCCGCUCCGAACUAAAGAGUCACCAGCAAACUCAAUCUCAUGAACCGCUCUUCAACUAUCGACACUGUGUAGACAAAUUCUUUGGGUCAGUUGAGCUGAAGAUCCACCAAAGAACUCAUGCAGUGGACAAACCCCAUCAGUGUGACGCGUGUGGAAAGUGCUUUGGCGCCUUAGCCACCCUUGUACUCCACCAACGGACACACACGGGCGAGCGUUCAUACAGCUGCCCUUACUGUGGGAAGUGUUUCUCUCAGUUGGCUAAUCUUACUGUGCACACAAGGAUUCACACAGGGGAGAGACCUCACAUCUGCUUUCAGUGCAAGUAAGGGUUUUGCUCAGUCGGUGACAUGCAGAAGCAUGAGCGCUCUCACACCAAAGAGAAACCUUACAGGUGCACAGUUUGUGGAAAGGCCUUCACAUUGUCAAGUCAUUUGACGGUUCACAUACGCAGUCACACAGGAGAGCGCCCCUACACCUGCCCUGAGUAUGGAAAGAGUUUUGCGCAGAGCUCUGUCUUAACUAAGCAUCAAUUCACCCAUACAAGACAGAGGCCAUACCCAUGUUAUCACUGUGUAAAAAGUUACACCCGUCUCACACACUUGAAGAGACACCUACAAACACACACUUGAGGCAGUCCGAGGUGUUUUCAUGUUUUGGUUUCAUUCUGAAAAGCGUUGCCAUGGAAUUAGUGCAGAUUGCUGUUUCACUGUCUGUCUAUGUGUUAUGCUGAAUAACGUCAAU